AUGCACAUCUUUUUGCUGCUCUGGCAAUACUUGGACGACGGCAACACGCUUCAGGACGGUAUUCAAAUGACCGAGCUCCUGCACGAUCUUCUGACAAGCGGUGACGGCCUCGAAGACCACGGCAUGUGUGGCCUCGACGGCGAUCGAACUUUCCUUCUCACGACGCGGCAGAUCUUGACCAAGAUUCAAGAGAAAGCCGACAAGUCGGACGAAUCGCUCAUCGAAGACCUGGAGGAGGCGCUCGCGCAGUGCUACUGCUGCCUCUACGGCUACGCGCUUCUCCCGUCGUGCGUCGAGCACAUGCCCAAGGAAGGCAAGAAACCGACGCCCAAGAGCGCCGACGAUAUGUUUGCGCUGCUGACGUUUGCGCAGUCGCUGGACCCGAAACACUGCACACGAAAAGAGUGCUACUUGCUCUACAAGGACGUCCUUGCGCUGCCCGAGACGGCCGAGAUGAUGAAGACGAGCCUCUUUGACAAUAAUGCGAUUGGCGGCUACGUCAACCCCGUCGCGUCGGCCGACGUGCAUGUCAAGCUGCCACCGAUCGCGGCCGCCAAGAACGCGCCGACACCCGACGCGACGCCAGUCAACGAUCUCUGGUUCCUCCUCGCGACGACGAUGCCAUUGCCAAAGUGCAAACGCCGCGGGAAGGACUAUAACGUCCUCCUCGAGUACGAGCAGUACUGUCUCCAGUACAUGCAGUACCUCCGGCGCGACGUCCGCGUGCACCCGCUGCGCGCCGAAGCCUACGAGCUCCUCGCCCAGAGCGCCAAGACGCUCCGUGCGCUCGUGGUCGACCAUAUGAACGUGGUCUGGUCCAACCACUUUGUGCUGCAAGCGCUUCCUUUGCAGCGCACGAUCCUGCUCGAGGCCGGUGUCCAGCCCACGUUCGAUGAGAUCUCGGCGACGCCGUUCUUCCAGAACGUUUUGCAGUGGACCGACGCGGUCGAUAAGACGCUACCCGACGAUGUGGCCUCGCUGAUGCCGAAGUCUCGAUUGUUUCUGCGGCAGUACACGCAGUACACGGCUACCCUGACCGAGCUGGCGUUGCGCUCUAUGGACAUGGCCGCCGAGCUCGACCCGGCAGCGUAUCGUGUCGAGUGCGGCGAAGACAGCGGCUUCUUGCUCUACGCACGGCUAUCCGAGCGCCAACUCGCAAAUACCGAAGCAGUUCGUGUCGCCGAAGCCGCCGGUCGGUACUUUAAGAACGCUCUUGCCGACGCGUCGUGCUCGCCGGUGACGACGCUGCGCGUGCACUACAUGCUCGGGAAGCUCGGGAAGAAGAUUCUGACGCUGCACAACGAGCGCCACCUUUCCUCGUCCUGGCGCUCGGUGCUCGAGUCGUUUGCGAACGCAGACAAGGCGCGCGUCGAUGACGACGCCGACGAGUACCUCGUCCACGCCUUUCACCUGCUCCACGCGACACGCCUCAAGCUGCUGCUCGCGCCAGUGUUGCAGCGAUGUACGCCGGCGACAGUGCCCGAGCUUCGCCACGCGCCGCUGCCUCGUCUCGACGACGCCUUGCCGUCAGCCGAGAUGCUGGCGUUGAUCGAAGCGUUCGCGUAUGAAAAGGAUGAUGCGACCCCGGUAGUUCUCGAGACGGACCCGCGCAAGCGGUUUCAAGCCGCGCUGGAGAACUGCGUCUCGGCCCUCGAGGUCGUGCCGCAAGAAGACAAGUACUUUCACCCGGCGUACUUUAGCCUUGCCCGCGGUGUCUUUUACGCCGGUGCAAUCAUUGAGGACGAGACCAAAUACGGGGCCGCCGCAGCACUCAAGGCGAUGAAGCCACUCUUUGAUAAGAAGCGGUCGCAGAUCGUGUCCGUGUGGCUCUCCGAGUCAGACACGCACAAGCUCGACGAGCUGCACCAGACGCAAGCCGCGUACGACAAGCUCCGGCUCAAGUACCACCAGUUUUACAUGCAUUUGCUCACGGCCGGCGGCGACUAUGCGCGCAUCUGUGAGAUUACCAACUGGAUCACAAGCAGCAAGGAAGAACACUGGGUGCUCGAUGCGAUGUUGGCGCAGGCGCUUGUUGCCCGAAGCUACCUCGCGCGUGGUCGUGUGCUGGACAUGUUCAUGAAGUGCCUCUUUCCGCAAAGCGACGACGAGCCCGCGUCUGCCAAGGCCGUGGCGCACCUGCACCGCAUGUACGGCGUGUACAUGGAGUCGCAAGAUGCGUGGCAACGCGCACGUCCGUACAACCACGGGUCGAGCAUGGGCAGCUGGCUCUGGGAGGUGACCAUGGCGUACGCUUUGGCCCAAGCGUCACUGAUCGAGUCAGGCGCGGACCUUCUCGGUGUCGUGGCGGUCGCGCAUGUCAAGACGCACCUCGAUACGCGGGACCCAUUGACGACAAACGAGACGAGCCUCCUCGGUCUCCACCUCGAGCUCAAGAUGGAAGACCGGCGCGACUGGGCCGACUUGGUUGACAAUACGCUCGCGUAUUGCGCGACCACGUGGCCCGAGAAGACGAAAAGCAACAAGUCCAAGCUGCCGACCCCCAAGACCAAGCCACAUCUGACGCUGGCGUAGAUUUCCUUUCUAUUGCAUCCAAGACGAAAAAU